UUAUUGGUUUCCGGCUGGCACACUGUUUUCAUCUGAGUCACCUAAACGAUAUUAUUAAACUUCGCGCUGAUAUUUCAUUGCGUUGCAAGCGUCCACUCACAAACAUGUCAGCUACCAUGUGAGAAACCUCAAUUAAAAUAAAAAAUCGCACUUUCCACUUACAACAUGUCAAAGAAAAGUUUUGAUAGGAUAGAAUCCAAGAAAAAGAAAGCAGCAGCUUUUAUACAAUUAGUAAAAAAAGAUGAAAAUUACAUGAAAACUAAGCUGGAAAAGCCAGAUAUGCCAGACCAAGGUUCAACAUCAGAUACUCAAAACAGUGUUAAACAGAGUUCAUCAACUGGUGGUGAGAAAAGUUUAGCUGAUGAAAUGUUUGCUGAGUAUAAGAAGAUGAUGAGGGAAAGGCAGAAGGCAGCCAUGAUGAAGCCAAAGGUAUUCCUGACUCUAGAUGAGCUUAUACGGGAUGAUCCCGUACAGACAGAAGUGGGAGAGGUCAAGGUGCCUCCACCACUCUUUAUGGCUGAUGUACAACACCUCCUCUUGUAUGCCCUCCAAGGGAAAGAUGCUAGUAUCAAACCUAGAUGGUGUCGUCUGCUAAGAGUUGGUAAAGUAUGUAAAGUUGUAGCAGUUGUGUUAGAUUCUUUAAGCAGUGAGGAAUUCAAAAAAUAUCCAGAGUCAUUACCCACACUGACUCAGGCAUUUGAUAUGCAUGUAGAGAUGAUAUCUCCUCUACAAUAUGGAAGUUCUGCCAGGGAGGACAUUAUGAAUGUUCCUAUCAGUAUUACACAGCUGAAGAAAAAAGGAUUGUUAGAAAAGAAGAAAACAUUCAAAAAUGAUGAAAAAAAGAUUCAUAAGAAUCCAGAUUCCAAUGAGAGUAUACAGGCAUGGGAUCUGGCAAAGGCUGUAAACUCUUUAGCAGAGAAUCCUUUAGAAUUCUUUGAUAGUGAAACACCAGGGCAGAAAAGGAAGCGAUCAAAUGAUGAGACAGAUGUAGACAAUAAGAGAUUAAAAACAGAGGAUUGUGGGAUAGUCUAUAAAUCUGAAUCGACAUACGAGAUGGAUAACUAUGAUCGAAGAUGGUUAAUGUUGAACACAGCACAGAUGAUAUGUGAGGGUAUCCCUACACCUGUCAAUACUGGAAACAACAGGUACAAAAGUUUUGUGUUUUCAAAAAGAGAGUACAAGCAAGUUACAGAGAAGAGUCCUUUGUUUGCAGUGGAUUGUGAAAUGGUACAAACAAAAGCUUCUAGUAUGGACCUAGCAAGAGUGUCAUUUGUAGAUGAGAACUUACAGGUUGUCUAUGACACGCUUGUUAAACCGUGGGCACCUGUUACUAAUUAUGUAACACAAUUCAGUGGUAUAACAAAGAAGAUAUUAGAUCCUGUAAGAACUAGGAUACAAGAUGUACAGCGAGUCAUACAGGCAUUUCUCCCUCCUGACGCCAUCUUGUGUGGACAGUCCAUCUGUAGUGAUCUCUCUAGUAUGAAGAUUUUUCAUCCAUACAUUAUAGACACAAGUGUCAUAUACAACCUUACAGGAAACAGGAAUAUGAAAGCUGGAUUGAAAAGACUUUCUUCUAUAUUUCUCAGAAAGGGGAUUCAAGAAGGUUCAGGAGGUCACAGCUCAGUAGAAGAUGCUCAGGCUACCAUGGAACUUGUUCUUCUCAAGCUAAGAAAUAAUAUUGAGUUUGGUGAUAUAUCAAUGCUUGAACCAGAUUUAUCUAAUUCUGUUACUGACAGUGUAGAUGAAUCUCCAAUAACAUCAGAUAAUGUUGAUGAUGAUGAUGAUGAUAAAGACGAACUUGUUGAAAUGAUCACUGAUAAAUCUAGUGAAAACACAGAAGUGACUAAUGAUAAUAGUAAUUCUAAAUGUGAAGAAAGUACAGAUACAGAUAAAAAGUUGAAGGAUAUCACAGUUGAAACUGUAGAAGAAGAUAAAGACAUGAAAGAAAGUGGUAAUUCUACAACAGACUCUGGCGAGUGUUCAAAUUUGACUAAAACCAUAACAACGCAGAGUGAAAACAAAUCCAAUACAUGGAAAAGACGCCUAUUCUUUCAAAAUGAAGGCAGUAAAUUCAUUGAGAAUUUUAUUGUAAGAAUACGGAAUAAUAGACUUCAAAGACGAGACGGUGCAAUAAUUGAUGAGCCAAGCAGUUUGGAUUUGUAUCCUAAAGACCUACCAAUUAUUACUUGCAUGAAAGAUAAGGAGAGUGAAAAACAAACAAUAGACAAAAUUAAAGAUGUUGGAUUUUGCUUUACACAUUUAUAUGGUUUUAAAAAAUAUUUGAAAGAAAAAAGAAAGCUUGACCAAUCGGAAAUAAGCAAUUUGAAUGGAAAGCAGGGACCUGACCAAUCACAAUCCUCCAAAUCAAUAAAGAAUGAAAGAGAUGACCAAUCAGAAUCCCCUAAAUUGAUAAAGAGUGAGAGUGAUGACCAAUCAGAAUCUUCUCAGUUGAGUGAUGACCAAUCAGAUGAAAGCAAUUCAAAAGAGAUAUGUGCUGACCAAUCAGAUGAUGACGAAGAGAUAAAAAAAUGUUUAUGGAAGCUGGAUCGUCGAUUCUGGAAAAUCCUGAUGGGACUUCCUAGUAACAGUUUAUUUGUUGUUAUAUUGCCUGGUAGAGAAGAAAAUGGAAAAAUUCAGACAGCUAUGACUUUUGCCAAAAUAACUUGAUUACUCAGAAGUGACUAGAUAGGGGUUUUUAUUAUGAACAUAUAAAAAUCAGUAAAUAAACAUGAAUUAAUGUACCUUG